CCACUUCAGUAUGAGGAAGUUCUCUCGGUAAAUGCCCGUUCCCAGUGCUUUAUUGACCUCAGAGCGAUAUAAUGUGAAUGUGAAACCAACCUGAAAUAAAAGUCCACAUUACAGAAAACAUGGAGCAAGCUCUUGUGACUUUUCUGAUCAUCGCUCUGCUUACAGGCUUUAUUCACGGACAGGAACUGUUACCACCAGGACCAGUGAACGGGGAAGUAGGAGAAAGUGUGGUGUUUGAAACCCUUGAGCUCCCUCAGCCAACAGACUCAAUCAGAUGGAGCUUUAAUGGCAAAAGUGUAAUCACGUUCACUCCCCCGGGGCCUGAGAAUGUAGACCCUAGCUAUACAGGUCGGGCCUUUUUAAACGGGACUACAGGUGCUCUGGAGCUACGUGUACUGACCAUGGCCGACUCUGGAGAGUACAACUUGACUUUUACAUCAGAGGAUGGAGUACAAACAGAGGAUAAGACUUUACUCAAGGUGUUUGAGGCAGUGUCUGGAAUAACUCUUACAGUCCCUGAGGAAAUUCUUAUAGAAGAUCGAAGCUCUGCCAACCUCACUUGUACAGGAAAUGGCACCAUUGUUACCACAGAGUGGAUGAGGGACGGUACACUUCUGGUUCCUGGCGGCAACAUUAUGUUCUCAGAUGAUAACAGUUCAGUGAUUUUCAGUCCGGUGAAGAGAACAGACGUUGGUGAAUACCGCUGUACAAUCAGCAACCCAGUCAGCUCCAUUUCCUCUACUUACAGAAUGAAUGUGAACUAUGGACCAGAUGUGACCAUACUGGGCACACAUAAUAUAGAGGAGGGCUCAGACAUUCUGCUUCUCUGCUCAUAUGAAUCUGUACCGUCUGCCACUGUGAGAUGGACAGUGAAUGGCAUAAGUGCUGGAGAUACACCCCUGUACAUCAAAAAGAACAGUGAGCUGAAAGACAGUGGGAAUUACAACUGUACUGCCUGGAACAGUGUCACCAAUAUCAGAACCACUGCACUUUACAACCUGAGAGUGACAGCCAUUUCGUCUGAACUUAGCCCUGGUGCAGCAGCUGGCAUUGCAGUGGGUACUAUUCUAGGUGUGGAGAUUUUGGCUGUGCUUCUCUACUUCCUCAUAACUCACCUCAGUCCUAGAAAGUCUCCAAAACCUUUGGGAACGAUAAGCUCACCAACACAACUUAAUAUUCAACAGACAGAUCACACAUAUAGCAACAGCGAUGCAGUGAACGAAUCUCAAAUUUCACUUCCUCGAGUACAAAAACCUAAUGAGCCAAUCUAUCAGAACGGACCAGUUCUACCUCCUAGGGACCAACUGCCAGAGCUGCCCAAAAGGAACAAGCCAAAGGAAUCGGACCUAUACUGUAGUGUCCUGGAACGGCCUAAUUUCAAGUAAUUAGCCAAUGGCCAAGCAAGUUAUCAGAGGAGAAGUGUCUUUCAUUUUGCUAAAUUAUUAAUAAUUAAUGCAGUUUUUUUACUUACUAGUAACUUAUAUAAUAUAUAUAAAGUUCUACUACUACUACUACUACAACAGUAUAUAAUAGAAAAAAAGAACAUUAAUCACUUGGUUAAUCACACCUCUUAUUUAAUCAAUGAAUUUGACAUGAAAAGUGGGUUUAUUAGUCUAACUAAAAAUCUAAAUGGAGUGAUUUAGAACAGUCCUAGAAGCCCACUGGGUUUUCCUGCUACCAACACAGCUGAUCCAGCUACUCAAAUAGAAGCUCUACAGUACAGUGGUGGACAGGACUAGGAGGAUAACACUUUUUUAAAACAAGACUUACUACUACUAAACUAAUGUUUAAGGCAGUGCAAACAUUGUUUUAGGACAGUGGUGGCGGACUAGUAAUCAGAAGGUUGCUGGUUCAAGGCCCACUGCCGUUAAAGUUGCUACUGUUCGGGUUCUGGACAGGGCCCUUAACACUCAUUUGUUUGAACUGUAUUCAGUCAUAAUUUUAAGUCAUUUUGGAUAAAAGCGUUUGCUUUUAUAAUUAAUGCUGGGGUUUUUUUACUUACUAGUAACUAAUAUAAUAGAACAAAAAUUAACUUCAUGAACUUUAAUUUAAUCAUUGAAUUUGACAUGAAAAGUGGGUUUAUUAGUCUAACUAAAAAUCGAAAUGAAAGUUAAGAAUUAUUUUCGAAAUGUUAUUCAUAAUAAUGAUGAAGUUGACAACACUACAUAUAUACCCUGCAGUCUAACCAAACUGUCAAAUUGUAUGAAUGUGCAACUUGAGUCAUGAAAUGUAAUGAUUUUACCAGACAAAUGCUUCCAGUUUUUCAGUUUAAUUUGUUGUUGAUGUGAUUUGUUUAGGCUUGUGAUUUGUGUUUUUGCAAUUGCAUUUUCUUCAAAUUGCUAAUUGUAUAAAAUUCAGGAAAGAAAAACUUAAAGUCUACUGUACUGUGAACUAUUUUGCCGCAUGAGCUACUGUACUGAA